AUGCCCUUUCAGACAUAUUCGUAUGAGACUCCAGCCGUCAGCUACCAACCUUCCUAUCAGACGGUCAGCCCCGUCUACACUGCUACUUAUGAAACGGCAAAAUCUACCUACGAAGCCGUGCAACCUGUCUAUCGCACAGCAGUACCGGCUCCUACGACUACUUAUAUCGGUCCUCGAGAAGGAAGCACCUAUACGACUUCUGUCCAGCCGACUGAACCUGCCCAGCCAGCCUCCACGUCAGAUUCCUAUCAAGAAAGUACCCAAGCAGGUGGUGAGUAUCCGACGUUGACGCCGACAUAUAGCGCAACCUCGGCAGACCCCUACAACACGGAUACUCAUCUUCAAAGCAUUACUGGUACCUCGUACGAUGAUUCAGCACCAGCACUGGCUCCACCGGUGCCAAGCGCAACUUCUGAUUACCAUGCAUCGCCUGUCGACUACGGCGCUUCUGCAGACAUCACAGAUAUAACCGUCCAGGACAACGAAGCUCUUCUGAGACCUUCCACAGCUAUUGAACACGUCUCCCAGCUUUACGAUGAAAAUGGUAUCCCCAUAGAGCGACCGAGCCCACAUCAGCCAUCAUCUCAUAACGCCAUCGAACCAUGGCCAGGAAGUUCUGCAUCUCGUGGAAGAAUCAGUACAGAAGGAUUGACACCGUAUUUGAAAUUCAUGAAACGCCACUGGGUUCUGAAACGUCUUAGGAAUGCUCGACAAUUUGCUGCAGCCGUUCCACGAACGAAUUCUACCUGUAACUCACAGAAACUCUCAAAAGUGAUGGCUAAAGUAAUGAUGGAUGAUGUGACAGCUUCUAAACGAGCAAUCCUGAAAUCAACCGAAUUGGCCUUCGAUGGAGACAAGUAUGAUGUUUUCUGUGCCAAUGGCGAGUUCAGCUACAGUAUACAUUCGCGAAAAUACUGUGAAGUAACGAAAAACGCCAUCACUUGCUUUGCUUUCCGAUGA